CAGGGAAAUUUUGUAAGCAAAAUCUGGCAACACUGUCAUUGUCCUCUUUCCCUCUAUAAUAACAAUUUCCUGCGGAUUCCGGUGGGUUGAUUGGAUUAGAUGUUUGUUUGAUUAUUGUAUGCCAUGUCGGACAUCACGGUGACGCCCUUGGGAGCGGGCCAAGAUGUGGGACGCUCGUGUUUGUUGGUCCAAAUCGGUGGAAAGCACAUCAUGUUGGAUUGCGGCAUGCACAUGGGUUACAACGACGAUCGACGCUUCCCGGACUUUUCCUAUGUGGCUGGCACCACCUUGGACGACGUGACCGGCACGGGCAAUCCCAACGGCGCCCUCACCGAUCACAUUGACGCUGUGAUCAUUUCCCACUUUCAUUUGGACCAUUGCGGUGCUCUGCCUUUCAUGACGGAAAUGAUUGGGUAUAAUGGACCCAUCUACAUGACCCAUCCGACCAAAGCAAUUGCACCCAUUUUGCUGGAAGACAUGCGCCGUGUAGCUGUGGAAAAGAAGGGCGAGGUCAACUUCUUCACUUCGGCCAUGAUCAAGGAAUGUAUGAAGAAAGUGAUCGCCGUCAACCUCCACCAGAUCGUCAAAGUGGGCGAGGACAUCGAAUUGAAGGCCUACUACGCUGGACACGUCUUGGGCGCGGCCAUGUUCCAAGUCAAGGUGGGUAAUCAGAGCUUCGUCUACACAGGGGAUUAUAACAUGACACCGGAUCGGCAUUUGGGCGCGGCUUGGAUCGACAAAUGCCGCCCAGACUUGCUCAUUUCCGAGUCGACCUAUGCUACGACCAUCCGGGAUUCCAAGCGAUGUCGGGAACGCGAUUUCUUGAAGAAAGUUCACGAUUGCGUGGACAAGGGUGGAAAGGUCCUCAUCCCGGUAUUCGCCUUGGGACGAGCCCAGGAGUUGUGCAUCCUUCUUGAGACCUACUGGGAGCGGAUGAACCUCAAGGUUCCCAUCUACUUCAGCAUGGGCUUGACGGAGAAGGCCAACAACUACUACAAGAUGUUUAUCACGUGGACCAAUGAAAAAAUCCGCAAGACUUUUGUGGAGCGCAACAUGUUCGAAUUCAAGCACAUAUCCGGUUUCGAUCGCUCUUACAUCCAAAAUCCGGGCCCCAUCGUGGUAUUCGCCACUCCAGGCAUGCUGCACGCGGGCUUGUCGCUACAAAUUUUCGAGGAAUGGUGCACCAACGAGCUCAACAUGAUCAUCAUGCCGGGUUAUUGUGUGGCGGGCACAGUCGGCCACAAGAUCCUCAACGGCACGCGGAAGAUCGAGUUCAAGAAGGGCAAGCCCGUGGAGGUGAAGAUGUCUGUUCAGUACAUGUCGUUCAGUGCUCACGCCGAUGCCAAAGGUAUCAUGCAACUCAUCUCCUACUGUGAACCCCGCAACGUGAUGUUGGUCCACGGCGAAGCGGCCAAGAUGGAGUUCUUGAAGCAAAAGAUCAAACAGGAACACGGCGUGGAAUGUUAUAUGCCGGCUAACGGCGAAACCGCCACCAUUCCCUGUCCAAUCACUAUUCCCGCCACAGUGUCCGCCAGACUCAUGGACACGGAAGCAGAGGCCUACGCCCAGAGACCUCCUGAUCCCAAGCGGUCCCGCCUCCUCCAUGGGGUGCUGGUCAUGCAGGAUAAUCAGUUGAGGUUGAUGGGGGCGGAAGAGGCGUGUGAAGACCUCGGGAUCCCACGACACACCAUACGGUUUACGUCGACCACGAAUCUGAGCGAUGCGGGACCCUUGGAGGCCACUCAGAAACGGGUGGAGGAUCUCAUGCGGAGGAGUUUGUCCUCGAUGGAGUACGAGGUUCAGGUUGUGGAGGGCGAGAUCUCGAUUGCCAAUAGUUCAGUGUUGAUGAAAGUGGAGCAGAACGAGGACGACGAUGGGAUCAAGGAUAUCAUGGUGUCGUGGGCCAAUCAGGACGAAGCCCUGGGAUCCACGUUGCUCAAUCUCGUGCAGAAUAUGGCGCAGUGACGGUUGUAGUCGGGACCUCACUGGAAAUUGUAUUACUGAACUACUGUUAUUGUACUGGAAAUAGAAUACAUUCUUGAACUUAGUAUAUUUCAAA